AUGUUGCCUUCCACCGGAAGAGAAGGGGCCGCUCUCCCCGGCCAUCUUGUGGCGCCAUCCAGCGAACACUUCGCAUCGCCUCGUCGACUCGGAGGUGAUAUCCAGCUGAAGGGGCGCCAUCAUGCCCGGGCACCUGCAAGAAGGCUUCGGCUGCGUCGUAACCAACCGGUUCGACCAGUUACCGGACGACGAGUCCGACCCGUCCGAGAUCCUAAAAGCUGCGGAAAACAAGAAGAAGGAGGGGGCCGCGGCUGGCUCCGCUAAGACCGCGGCUCAAGCCGCCAAGCAGCCCAGGAAGGAGUCGCAGAAGGACAGGAAGAAUCCGGUGCCGGACAAGAAGGAGGAGUCCCAGCCUCCGGUGCCCCUGAAGAAAGAAGGUAUCCGGAGAGUGGGUCGGAGGCCCGAGCAGCAGGGUCCACAACACCAGGGGGGCCAAGGUGACGGGCGGCCGGCAGACAAGAGGCCGGACCGGAGACCUCCUCGGGAGCGCCGCUUCGAGAAGCCCGCGGAGGAGAAGCCCGAAGGAAGCACCAUGGACUUCUCCGCUGACAAGCCUUCUGGCGAGCGGCCCCCAAGAGGGCGCGGCGGCGGCGGCCGAGGGGGUCGCGGCGGACGAGGGCGAGGCAUGGGAAGAGGCGACGGCUUCGACUCCCGUGGCAAACGAGACUUUGACCGACACAGCAGCGGUGACAAAUCGAAUCCUAGAACUGAGGAAAAGCGUGGUGGCAGCGGCUCACACAACUGGGGAAACGUGAAGGAGGAAGCCAGUGAGGCCGAGCAGGCUCCUGCUGUUGAGGCGACCCCUGAGGGAGAAGAGGCUGCACCUGCCGGCUCUGAGAACAAGGAGAACGAGGUGGAGGAUGUGAAGAGCGAGGGCCCCCGGGAGAUGACGCUGGACGAGUGGAAGGCCAUGCAGGACAAGGAGCGCACCAAGGUGGAGUUCAACAUCCGCAAGCCCAACGAGGGCGCCGACAGCCAGUGGAAGAAAGGAUACGUGCUGCACAAGUCCAAGAGUGAGGAUAGGCCCGUGGGAGCUCUGAUUGACGCCACAGAGACGGAAGUAGAACCACCACCUCUCUUCCACAAGGGCAACGUGGACGAGUCUGCCGACCACCACUUCCGCAAACCGGCCAAUGACAUCACGUCCCAGCUGGAGAUCAACUUUGGAGACCUGGGCCGCCCGGGCCGUGGGCGCGGGGGCUCCCGUGGGGGGAGAGGAGGCCGUGGCGGGGGCAGCAGCAGGCCGGCGCGUGGCGGCGGGCGCUCUGAAAAGGUCGGCGGCGUGUCCGUCCCCAACGUGGACGACCCCGAGGCCUUCCCUGCCCUGGCCUAAACCCCCUCCUUCACCAGGCCUGCAUGCGUACUACUUUGUCCAAUAUUCCAGAACAUCCCACAAAAAGAAAGAUUUUCACGACAAAACCCAGGACUUCAUCCCAAAACCAACAAGACUCCCAUUUGACCUGAGGUGGGGAAGGACUUCUUGUUACUGACCUUUUUUUCUAUUUUGGACCAUGGAAGCAGGGAUGUUUUCAUUGUGCUGCUUUUCAGUUUCAGGCCAAUCUCUUCCUACAGCUCAGUAUUACGGCGCCCUGGAAGGUUCUUGGUAGCACCACACUACAUAUGGAACAUGUUUUAUGACAUUACAAUGGUUAUGUUUGAGAGGCACAGAGCGUCAUUCUACUUAAAACACACAAAAAAAAGCUUGGUAUUUUUCUGCUUGUUGUGCAGUGAAAGUAAACGCCUCUUUUCCUUUUUUUUUUUUUUUGGGGGGGGGCUAGUUUGCCUUUUUUGGUGGACCAGUGGUUUUAGUAAUGCUUUGUAUUCCCUGAUGGAGGUCUGCAGGGUGUGUAUCUUUAGGCUGGUCCUUUUAGCGCUAACAGACUACUUCUGGACCACUGAAGACAUGUGUUGAGAGAGAGUGUGUGUGUGUGUGUGUGUGUGUGUGUGUGUGUGUGUGUGUGUGUUUGUGUGUGUGUUAGAAGACUGUCUGCUACAAACACUCCCAAGUGGCAGAGGAAGUCAUUGAAAGCAUUUCUUGAGAUGUACUCGUGACAUAUCUUGUGUAACGUCCAGCACAUCUCAAAGAUCAUCCUGCUCCACAUUCAUUUCUCAUAUUUGCUGUGUAUUUUUUGUAUUUUUUGCAGCACAAGGUGUUUUAAAAAAAAAAAAAAAAAAAACGUCCGCCGGAGCCACCGAGAGCUACGGAAUCCAGUUUUAAUGAAGCCGGGGAGUCGACUGUAGCAAAGUUAAGUACUAAGUUACAAGUACAAAGUUAAGAGUACUUUUUAAAAGCUUUAAAAAGACGUGCCGCUGAUGCACCGGUGCAGAUUUUCCUCCUAGGGCCGUUGGAGGCCCCUGACGAUAAAACUCUCUGCAAACAUCCCUGUUCUAAAAAAUUGCUUUAGAGGUGUUCCGUGUACUCUCUAAUGGUCAAAGUCCUCGAUGCAGUAAGAGAAGCGUUCCUGCUGUGUUGUUAUACUGUAUAUUAAAGGUCAAAUAUGACACUA